AUGAAGAUAAUCGUUCUUGCCUGUCUUGCCGCCGUGGCUGUUGCUGCUAAGUUCGAGGACCGAGUGGUCUCCCUCCUUCGCGAUGACCGCGUAGCCAACGAAGACGGCACCUUCUCGUACGCCGUGGCAGCCGACAACGGCAUCAACACAGCCGUUGAGGGAGUUGUUGGAUCAGCCGGUCAGAUCAACCAGAGGGGAUCUUACACACAUAUGACAUAUGAGACACAAAAAGUUCUGGUAUUUGAAACCCUGGAAAAGCAAAAUCCUUGCCGCCGUGGCUGUUGCCACUCCUCAGUUCGAGGACUGAGUGGUCGCGAUGACCGCGUAGCCAACAAAGAUGGCACCUUCUCCUAUGCCGUGGAAGCCGACAACGGCAUCAACACAGCCGUUGAAGGCGUCGUUGGAUCUGCCGGCCAGAUAAACCAGCAAGGAUCUUACACCUAUACCCUUGCGGACGGUACCCUGGCUGUUGUCACUUUCGAGGCCAACGAGAACGGCUUCCAGCCUCAGUCCAACAUCUUGCCCACUCCCAAUCCUCUUCCUGCCCACGUCUUUGAGCUGUUGGAAAUCGCCGAGCGUCAGCGCGCUGCGGGCAUCGUGUUCAACUAG